AUGAGCGGAGCUGGGCGUUCCGUGUCGCGUCUUUUGCGUCCCCUGCGUCUCAUCCAGAGCCGCUCGUCUGUGCUCUUCCCUCCUUAUACCUCACUUUUCGUCUGCGUUACUCCACAUCGCAAUUUUCACGUGUCUAGCGUCGUUCUGGUCGGCAAUGGGCGCAAUACAAUGGACGACUCGGAGACUGCAUUGGCUCAGCAGAUGCUCGACUUUAUGAAGCUCGCCGAGGACGAUGAAGGGGUUUAUGACGUGCCACUGUCGAUGGUGCAAUCAGAGCUUCCGGUUAGUGGUGUCAUCAUGGGCGUGCAGAACGGACUGGCGCGUGUCUCGGGGCUACGUCACGCUACUAUCGGCAGCAUUGUGUCGGUGUCCGACGCAUCCGGCCAGUUUUUGUGUCGUGGCCUUGUGCUCUUUCUGGAGAAGAAGCUGGCGCACGUCGCGUUACUUAACGCCAGUGACGACGAAUCUCGUGCCCGUCCUGUGUCCAAGGGAAUGGAAGUCACGCUCGAAUGUAAGCAGCUAGAAGUCCCUGGCAGUAUUGUGGCCUUUGCUGGUGCAGUAGUGGACCCAUUGGGACGAGCAGUGCAGCUGGACGAGCAACAGGAUACAGAGAAGGUAGUGGCAAAUGAUUGUGUCAAGGUCACGUGGGGCGCGCAAAGUGUACCGGGCGUUAUGGCACGUGCUCCACUGUACUCGCCCUUCGAGACGGGUCUAUUGGCAAUCGAUUGUCUGCAUCCAAUGGCUCAUGGCCAUCGUUUUGCAGUACUGGGUCCUAGAAAUUCAGGAAAGACGCGGGUAGCAUUGGAUGUGAUUGCACAUCAAGUGGCACGAGCAAAAGCGUGCGGACAAGUGCCACCACAGUUUGUCUACGUGUGUGUAGGCAAAAGCGCGGCGAGGAUUCAUCAGAUUCGUGACGUACUCCAAGUGAUUGGAGCUCUAGAAUACACGACAAUUGUUGCAUCGAGUGACCGGGACUCGCUCGUGAUGCAGUACUUGGCGCCGUUCACUGGCUGUGCUAUUGCUGAGUUUUUGAUGCAAAACGGCAAAUCUCAACACAGUGUCGUGGUGUAUGAUGACUUGGCUACUCAUACGACAGUAGUGGAAGGAUUAGUGCAGUUGCUGCAUUUGCCCCGCGCCGCGCAGAUCAGUCUUAGUGCACACGGCGUGCUUAUGGAGCGCUCGGCUCAAUUUAGAGGUGCUUUUAAGAAGGAGGGGGGUCCGUCACUCACGUCGCUGGUACUGGUCGAUGCACCAGACAGUCUCGAGACUCCGUCCGAGUUUCAGGAGCGUGUGACGUCACUGGUUGAUGAUUAUGUUGGUCUUGAAUCAUCCUUGGUGCGUAGUCGUGUAUUUCCGCCUGUGGAUGUUUUGGCACCGGGAGCGUCGGUGCGUGGCCCACCUUUCCAGUCGGCGGCACGUUGGACUUUUGUGAGUCGUCUGCGUGCACGAAUUAAUGCUGCUGCGCAAGUGAAGCAAAAUGUGGACGUAGCGCGCAAGCUGGGGUUUGAGGUGGAGCCUGAGGACGCAGAGAGUCUAGAGUUUCUGGAGCUAGUGCAGCAGUUUUUCACGCAGAAACCAUUGUUGUCAGCGUCAGUUCCGGAACAGGAACAGACAGCACCAACAGAGCUGGAAAUCGAGCUGGGUGUUUUUUUCCUGACGAUCGUGGACAUGGCUCAGCUUCCUAUCUGCAAUGGUGUCGAGGAGGUGUCCUUAGACCUGUGGGAGUUUCUGCGUAACGUCGUGGCUAGAUUUUCCCGUGAAGAGAAUCAUGACAUUUUCUGCCAGUUGACUACACACUUGCGCACUAAUGCUUGGUCAUUAGACCUUCAAGAGAAUGUGGCUUUAGGGCUCUAUGAGGAACUGGAAGCAAUUAAGCAGCACCGAACGCAGAUGUACAAGGAAGAGCAAGUAAAGCGUAAGCAAUACCUACACAAGCUUCGAGAGCGCAAAGCUGGCAAGACGAAAAAAGCUGAGGCUUCAAUGUAA